AGAACUUGAGAAACCCCCUCCAGUUCCCACCAUCUGCCUCCCUCUCCACUCACCCUCGGUGACCCCACUGACCAGGGGUCCUAGGACAGCAGUGAGAGGUGUGUUCCAGGUCUCCAGACACAGGCCCAGGAGUCCUGGCUAGAGAAGACUCGCCCUCAGACACGUCCCCGGAGAGAGACACAGCUGGGAUCCCUGACGUCCGGCACCCAGGUGAUCCUUAAGCUGCAGAGCCACCAGAGAACUCCUAGAAUUACCUUGGGAGCCUUUAAUGCUGCUGAUGCCCUUGGUCUGGCUCAGGUGCAGGAGACUCCUUAGUGGACUGUGAAGUGCCAGGAACCCCACGUUGUCCCUUCCGGGGCUGGCAUCUGUGUCGUGUGCGUUGUGGGCUCUUCUGGGCUUGUCUUUGUGCUUGUUCACGACUGGAGUGAGCUCAGGCCCGGCUGGGCCUUCCAGGAGGAGGGUCUGGGCCCCCGUGGGUCCUCCGUGGCGCGUGGCACUGCCACGCCUCUCUUGGGAACUGGCAGCUUUCUGAGAAAAUCACCACCUUUUGGUCCAGGAUUUUCGGCGUCCGGCGUUUCCAGGCCCACGUGCUCCUUGGGCAACAGCUGCGGAAAUGGAGCAGGAAAAAGUCAACGGGAGUAAGGAGCUGAGCGCAGACGCCGCCUCCUACCGCUGCUCCGCCUGCUAUGGGGACGAGGACUGGGCUCUCGGCCACCCCAUCCGGGGGCGGGCCAAGUCCCGCAGCCUGUCAGCCUCCCCCGCCCUGGCAAGCACCAGGGAGUUCAGGAGGACCCGCUCUCUGCACGGGCCCUGCCCGGUGACCACUUUUGGACCAAAGGCCUGCGUGCUGCAGAACCCGCAGAGCAUCAUGCACAUCCAGGACCCUGCCAGCCAGCGGUUGACGUGGAACAAGUCCCCCAAGAGUGUCCUCGUCAUCAAGAAGGUCCGGGAUGCCAGCCUGCUCCAGCCCUUCAGGGAGCUCUGCACAUACCUGAUGGAGCAGAACAACAUGAUCGUGUACGUGGAGAAGAAAGUCCUGGAGGACCCCGCCCUCGUGAGUGACGACCACUUCGGGCCGAUGAAGAGGAGGUUCUGCACCUUCCGAGAAGAUUACGACGACAUCUCGAACCAGAUCGACCUCAUCAUCUGCCUGGGCGGCGACGGGACGCUGCUCUACGCCUCCUCGCUCUUCCAGGGCAGCGUGCCUCCGGUCAUGGCGUUCCACUUGGGCUCCCUGGGCUUCCUGACUCCCUUCAACUUUGAGAACUUUCAGUCCCAAGUUACUCAGGUGAUACAGGGCAACGCGGCUAUUGUUCUGCGGAGCCGCCUGAAGGUCAGGGUCGUGAAAGAGCUCAGCGGGAAGAAGCUGGCCGUCCCCAACGGGGUCAGCGAGCACGGGGUGCUGGCCGCAGCCCUGGACGCGGAGCUCGGGAAGCAGGUCAUGCAGUACCAGGUGCUGAACGAGGUGGUGAUCGACAGAGGCCCCUCCUCGUACCUGUCCAACGUGGACGUCUACCUGGACGGGCACCUCAUCACCACGGUGCAGGGCGAUGGCGUCAUCGUCUCCACCCCGACGGGCAGCACGGCAUACGCAGCUGCCGCCGGGGCCUCCAUGAUUCACCCCAACGUGCCGGCCAUCAUGGUCACACCCAUCUGCCCCCACUCGCUGUCCUUCCGGCCUAUUGUGGUCCCUGCAGGGGUCGAGCUUAAGAUCAUGCUGUCACCAGAAGCAAGGAACACCGCGUGGGUGUCCUUCGAUGGACGAAAGAGACAGGAGAUCCGCCACGGAGACAGCAUCAGCAUCACCACCUCCUGCUACCCGCUCCCCUCCGUCUGCGUCCGAGACCCCGUGAGCGACUGGUUUGAGAGCCUGGCACAGUGUCUGCACUGGAACCUGCGGAAGAAGCAGGCCCGCUUCCCGGAGGACGAGGGGGGCGACGAGGCGGGGGACGGGGACGAGGAGGGCGGCUCGGGGAGCUAGGCCUAUCGGCCCAAACGCACACUGUGAGUCUCACAGGCCCGGCAUAGGUGGCAGGCGCUGCGUCAGUCUGUGGCCAGAGGGAGGGCCUGAAAUUGGCUUUUUUGUCGACCAGAUCAGCUCUUUUUAACGUUUCAAAUCUGAGUUUUUUCUGCAUUUCUAAACAAGCGAGCGUGAUGGCUGGGAGCUUGGAGGCCAGCUCGGGCACAGUCACCCAGCGUCUCCGGAGCCCAGGCCCGGCAGGGUCCCCAGCUUAAUGAGCCCUUUAAUUCCCCAUCUGGAAACCUCCGUGAAUCAGUUGAUUGAUGCUGGGGCGGGGGAGAGCAGCGUGGACAGAGCUAUCCUUUGCUAUUGAAAAAUAAAUGUCUCACCGCAAAAAUCUUCCUUCAGCCACCACCACCUUCCCCUGAUGCCACUUGGGACGCUUCUGCCAAGAGCAGGCGGCAUUUGGUUGGCAGGCAGACGGGUCCCCUCCCGCUCCGGCUCAGGGUCAGCCUGAGUUGCCUGGUUGCUCCUGCCUUGGUUCCAAAGCCCCGGUCCCCUCACCCCCCGCCCCCCGCCGUUGGAGCACCAGCCCGGCCACGGCGGGGUCGGGGGGUCGACUCUACACAUUCCUCAUGGAGCAGGUGUUUCAAUCCCGAGUCUCCUUUGUAGAGAUUGUCGCACUUCCUCAAAGUGCUGCCUGCAGACCGCGGCGCACACUGUGAGCUUUCAGGGCGGGGCCGGGUUGCGUCUCACUCAGAGCUCAUUCCAGUGUUCGCCCCAUGUCCUGUGCUCUGGGACCACUCUGCAGCCCCCGCGGCUGACAGACACGCGCGCGGGGGGCCCCACGGUUUUGACGGGGUAGGGGUGUCGCAUGUCAACACGGCUCUGCUCCCUGUGGGCUCGGGAGGGACCCUCACAUUCAGCCCUCUUGCGCCAUCACCAGCUGCCGGAUGCCAGAGCUGUGUGGCACCUGGUGGGAGCCUGGCCCCAACCCGCUGGGCAUCUUGAAUGUGGCGUCUGUGUCUGAGAACUGCUUUCUCUCAAUCGUGUUUCUUGCAGAAGCAGAACGGACAGGUGCCUGUCCUUUCUUGGACCUGCUUCUGGAAUGACGGGCCGGGGGGACUGUGCUUUGCCCACCUGGGGGUUCACAGGCUGAGGAAAAGGCACCCGGGGCACACGUGUGGCCACUGUGGCCAGAGGUCUCUGGAGCUGGCUCUGCAGCCUGGGCGCUGUGGCCGCUGUCUGCCUCCAUUGCACCUGCCUGGGCGCCCGGCCGCGCUGGGAGGGGAUCGCUUCUCGCCACCUGCCUGCAAGCCCCCGGCACAGCCAGUGGCCUGAGGAAGCCCCACUGGCAGCGUUAGGCUCAGCACUCAGGUCACUCAUUCAGACAGCAGGUGUUGACCAAGUCCUAAAGCAUGACGCACAGUGACCUGCGGAACUUUGGGUUUUUUGAAGUAAAUUCUUAAUGUUUCAUAUUGUUAAUAUCUGGGAAAUUUGUUAAAUGUUGAAAGCCUUAUUACUAUUUUCGGAUCCUUUCAAUAAACAGACUUGUUUUAAAA